CGAUUGCCGGCCACGAAGCCGAUUUCUGCGAAGCACUUGAAGAGGAUGACGAGCGAUAGACUUCGACCGAUUUGACGAUCUUAUUAAACGUCUCUGACAAUUGUUGCUUGAUAUCGAAUGAUUAUUGGUUGGGUAGUUGAAAAAACAACGUUACCAGUGCCAGGUCAUUCGGAAGUAAAUCUAUGCUCGGUGUUAUCACUGGGCAAAGAUCUUAGCAAGAUCACUAUGCCGGUCAUCUUCAACGAACCGCUUUCUUUCCUUCAACGUGUAGCCGAAUAUAUGGAAUAUGCUAAAUUGCUUAAACAAGCAGCGCAAGAAGAAACUCCCAUUAGAAGGUUACAGUACGUCGCUGCUUUUGCUGUAAGUGCUUUGGCUUCAAACUGGGAAAGACUUGGCAAACCUUUCAACCCGAUACUUGGAGAAACAUACGAACUGGAACGUGAAGAUUUCCGAAUAAUUUGCGAACAAGUAUCACAUCACCCACCGGUAUCCGCGUUCCAUGCAGAAAGUGAUGAAUUUGUAUUCCACGGCACCAUACAUCCGAAAUUGAAAUUCUGGGGCACAUCUAUAGAGAUUCAUCCGAAAGGCAUUGUCACUGUCGAACUUCCAAAAUGGAAGGAAGCAUACACUUGGCAAAACAUCAACUGUAUACUGCAUAACGUGCUCGUGGGUCAAUUAUGGAUGGAACAGCUCGGUUCCUUGGAGAUCAAACAAAGUGGUGGAGCGAACUUGAAGGCAAUCCUCUCCUUUAAGAGUGCCAGUUGCAAUGGAAAGGAUCUUCAUCGUGUCGAAGGCUUUAUAAUGGAUCAAGAAAAGAGAAAACUUCUAUUUCUUUAUGGAAAAUGGACAGAUAGAGUAAAGGUGUGCGAUCCUUCCUUGUAUGAGGAAGCGUUGGAGAAGGUGAAACGUGAUGCGAAGAGUCCUCAGGGUAGUCCUGGUCACAAGAAGGUUCUUGCAAAACUGCACAGCCUCAAGGUUGGAGCUUUUAAACCUUCUCAUCAGGAUGCAAUUGAUGAUCCAUCAGCAAGUAUAGACGGAGAUGAAACUCCAACGAUCGAUGACAUUCCUGGAUCAAUUACUCUUUGGGAAGCUACUCCGAGACCAUCUAAUAGUUCAGAAUAUUAUCAAUUCACAACAUUUGCAAUGUCGUUAAAUGAAUUGACAUCGGAAAUGGAAAAAGUGAUAUGUCCGACAGAUUCGAGAUUAAGACCGGAUAUUAGGAAAUUGGAAAAUGGUGAUCAAGAUGGAGCUGCAGUUGAAAAGAUGAGGCUUGAAGAAAAACAACGGGAAACGCGUAAAUCUCGAAAGCAUAAAAAAGGAGAAGAAUGGACACCUAGGUGGUUCCAAUUAGCUAUGAAUCCAUACACAAAUCAAAUGGAUUGGUUAUAUCGUGGAGAUUAUUGGGAUCGUAACUACAGCAACAUAGAAGAUAUAUUUUAAUAAACGUGGAUACCCUUAUUCGAACGGAAAAACUAACAAGUAACGAAAUAUACUGUUCUCAUAAGGAAUAUUUAUACAAGCAGAAUUAAAUUGGUUGCUCUUUAACAAUGACAUCGUAUGAAUUUUGUAUCGUUGGUCGAUUUGCAAUUCUCAAAACGAUUUAAAGAAAUCCUUGCUUAUGUCAUCGUUGUAGCUAUAAAUAACAGAGAAACAAACAAAUAUAAGAUGUAAACAUAACGCGUGCUCUUCUAAAGAUUCUUGAAAAUCUUAUAAAGAAUAGGAAGACAAAGCGAAAUAUAAAAAAAGAAAUGCUUUCUUUCUUGUGACAUACAAAUACCAUUGUGUUCCAGUGAGACGAGAUGUACAAUCGAUCAAUGAGACGACAAUGUGAGAUGCGAUACUUCAACACAAACAGAUCUUCCAUCACGAGGAGAAAAACUUUUGUACAAUAUACAGCUUUACACGACAUAUAUGUGUCUCCUCGAUAGUGCAAUUCUAAUAUAUUGUUACACACAAAUAUUUCUCAAUACACGAACAUGUUCACAGAUUCUUUCGAAGCGACCAAGAAAGGAAUUGUUAUUCAAACUAUGCCAUAAAGAGAUGAAAAAUCAUUAAAUUUCUCAAAUCCAAUCUUCUCUCGAAGAAUUGAAUGAGCAAGCUUAUACCUCGUAGAAAAAUUCCGUAUGCAGGUCGUACGUGCAUAGUCUUUUUUAGGUAAUUAAAUACGUACCCUGGUAUUCAAUCUGUGAAUGCCAUAGUAGAGGUUAGGUAAUGAAACGAGCCAGAUGAAACAAUUUCUGCUGGUUGUUGUUCGCAUGCGAAAUUUAUCGCUGUAAUCGCGGCACCACGCUUAAACAUGGAAUAUCGUGUAAUUGCAGUUUGUAGAUUAAUAACACUUAGAAAUCAAUGUAUGUCUGUAUGAAAUGUCGCGCAAUAACGAACGAACUUUAUCACCCAAGCGAAGUGACCGGAUGAUUCGCCAUGACACUUCGCAUAGGUAGGUGAUUUUCAGGCGCGAAAUUUAAAUUACAAAGUCCAUCGUAGCAUUGUUGCUAUAAUCGACAUUUGCUGUAUAUACUACGGUGAAAAAAUAACAAAAUAGUAAUUUUUUUAUAAUACACAAAGAAGUUAAAUAUAUAUGUGAUAUGACAAUAAAGUUUCGAGAAAAUAAAUUCAUUUAAAAAUUAUAUAUAUCUUAAAAAUUGAUCAAAUAUAAAAAUAUUUAAAAUUUAAUAUUUAUUCAUACAUAGAUAUAAUAUUUUUUUAAAGGAAUUAAUAAAAUAAUCAACUUUUUUUUGGUAUUAAUGUAAUAAUUACAAUGAUUGAUAAUAUAAAUUAUCAAAUAUACAAAUUAAUAGAGUGAUAAUAUGAUAAGAUUAUAAAAUAUAAUUUUUCAUAUUGAAAAUUCUCAACAAUCUCAAUAUUCUCGAAAUUGAAUUGUUACAUAUCACAUAAAUAUACAAAAUGCAACAUAUAAAAAUCACUUCUGUUCGAUUUCCAGAAGAGCCAUUGGGAAAUCGAAAUAUUCUUUCUUAUACACGUUCGUUUUUAUGAAUUACGCGUAGCCACAAAAUCACUUCUGAAACUAUUUUUAUAACAAAGAAAGAAAGGGAUUAAAAAUCAAGAACCCCGCUAUCUUUCUUAUAUAUACAUAUAUAUAUAUAUUAGUUUGAUUACUAGGUUUCUGUACAUACAGCGACUGUACUAUAUACUUGUAUCUAAAGAUUAAUGAUUUAGAAAAAUUUUGAGCAUGAGGUGAAGAAUUUAGUAAAUAGCGGUUGCUUAUAUAUAAUAAAUUAGCUCAAAUAGUUAGUUCAAAUUUUCAAAAAAGCUUUGCAACCACGCAUCGAACGAGCAAUAAAUUAAUUGUAAUCGUUGAUGUUUUUCAUAUUGUUUAUAGCUUUCGUCGGAUAGUUUACAUCUUUUUAGAUUACCUGAUUCAAUUUAGAUCUUUCUUUCAUAAUAAUAGCCAAUUAUACGUAUAUAUAAAGAUUUCUUUGAAGAUUUUAUUUAUAUUAAUUAAUAUUUAUUAUUAUUGUUCAUCACUUUUUUAUAAAAGAGAGAAAUUAUAAAAUUAAAAUUUGCUAUCAUUUUACUAACUUGUUUGUUGAGAAAAUUAAGAAAAUGAUAAACAAAUAAAAUCUAAUUGUAGAAUUUUUUAAUUAAUGUUAUAUUUAUCUGUGACAAAUAAGAAACUUGCAAAGAAACUUGUAUACUUAUAAUUGGCUAAGCAAUAAUAUUUAUAUUGGCUAAGCAACCUAAUAUUUAUAAUUUAAUCCACCAUCUAGUUUAGAUAAUUAGAUUCAAAGCUUAGAAACAAAAUGAAUUAGAUAAUAUUUGAUACUUAAUGGUGCCAAUAUAAAAAUAUUACAUGCUACUUAUUCCAAAACUCUUCUGCGGCAUAGAGAUUCCUUUUCUUGAAUGAAAUCAAUAAAUAACAGCACAAUCAAUGUACUAUUGAUUGGUUGCAAUCAGCAGUCUGGGUCAGUAACAAUUAUCCAUAUAUAACAAAAUAAUGAGAUAAUACAAAAUAACUGAAAAAAACAGAUAAUGUAAUAAUUCAGUAAAAUUUAAAAUUUACUUAACUCAAUUAAUUUACUCAAUUUAUUAUUUCAACAGUUUCUUUGUCUUUUACUUUCAGUUUUGCUCUUACUCAUUUAAAUCCAUAAAAGAGCUGAAUACUUCUGAUCCAUGAUAAAGUCAAAAGGAAAAGAAAAUAUUUCUUUUUUCAAAAAUAUAAGGUGUUUAUUUGACCAGUUUAUUAUAUAUUUAUUAUAUAUUUAUUAUAAUUAUUUGACCAGUGCCAAAUCAAAAGAAUUGUUGAAAUUCCCAACAUUGAUCAAUUAAUAACAGAACAGAGAUAUUGGCCUCUCCAUCGAUAGAUCACUGUAAACCAAAAUAAUAUUAUUGUUAAUAUGUUUAAGCUUUUAAAUUCAUUGAUAAGAUCUUUAAUUACCUUGUGAGAAGGGAUUCAGGAAAUGAAAGAUUCUUAUGCCACCAUUAUUUGGCCUCGAAAUCCAUAGAACUUUUUCAUUAGAAGACAAUAGGCUGAAGACCCUCAUGCACACCUAGAUUUUAGCUCAGCUUAACGUGUAAGUGUCAUCCGGCUCGUGUUAGUGACCGCCGUUUAUUAACGAUUCGUUUACACGAAACUAUGUGGACAUUUAGGCCAGUACGAGUUUAAAAUACGCUUCUGAAAUACUGACAUCCAUCGAAUCUUAAAGUUGUGAAAUUGUCUAAAUGUGUUGCUUUAUAGGAAAAUCCGUAUCACGAGUAACUUUUGAUGAAACAUUUGUCAUAAAUUCAACACUAAUCGAUAGGUGUACACGUGUAUUUCGAAGUAUAUGUAUGUAUUUCAUGAAACGUUCAAUCUAAUCACAACAAUUCAUUAUAUUAUUUAUGGAUUUCGUAUAUCAUGAUCGAUCAUUCUUGUUUAUGGAUGAAAUUGAAGAUGAUCGCAAUAUGAUUGUAACUUGUUGAGAGAAUGGUAUAUAAGGAAGUUUGUAAAUAUAUUGUUGCUUUGUGCAGAAUUUAACUGCUAUUAACUAUGUCUUAUAGAAUUUAAUAUUAUCUCUCGGACGGUCGAAUGUAAUUUAUAACCCUUGUUAAUGUAUAUUUCAAACAUAGUCUCUGUCUAAAAUUGUAUGGUAUUAUACAAAAGUGAUAUUAAAACAAAUUACCUAAAAAAAAAAAAAAAAAAAAAAGGAACAGAAACAGCCGUCUGAGGGUUAAGAGAUUUCUUCAUAUGAUAGUAAUUUAUUAUGCAAUUAAAGAAAUUUCUGAUAUAAUUUUAGAAUAUAUGACAAAUAUAUGGUUAUCUCUAUAUAAAAUGGUAUUCUAUAUGUAAAUUUAAGUUUGAAAACAUUGGUAUAUAUUAUUUUAUAAAAUUAGAUAUCGUUAAUAUUGCGUUGAGAAUGUUAAAUGUUGAAAUUUGUGAUGAUAAUUAAAACAAUUUUUUAAUCUUUUUUCCGCAGAGAAAACGAUGUACGAGGAAUGUACAAAUGAAUUGAUAAAUAUUUAACUAAUAAUAUUUUUUAAAAAAAGAAGAUGUGAUAUUUAUAAUAAUUAAUUUAGAAGUUAAUUUUCGAUCAAAAGUCAAUUGUUCGAUCAUUGUCAUUCAAAAAGAAUACAUUAUUGAUCAAUGUCAAUAAUAUAAAGUUUUUACAUCAUAACAUACAUAAAAAUGAAUUUAGUAUCAGUAUUGUCGCGAAACAAAAAGUGUUAUGCAUAAAUUUUACAAAUAUGUAUCAUUGCGUAAUAAACAUCUUUACGCUUCUACGUAACAUUUCUGACGAUUGUUCUAACCCAUUUAUCAUGAAAGUCAUUAAACAUUAAGAACAAGAAUGAUAAGUAUACUCUUUCAAAAAUGCCAAUAAGAUUUAGAAGAGAUAUACCAUCGAGCUCAUGAGCUGUAGAAUAUUAUUGUAUUUAUGUUGCAUAGGCAAAUGUAUGUAUCUGUACAUAGAUAAAUAGAUAUUAGAAAUAAAUGUUGUAAAGAAAGA